AUGUAUGCACGCAAGAUACUCACACAAUGUGUAGCUGUGAGAACACUUGGUCUUGUUAGCGGCUUGACGAUGGAGAACAGGAGUGAUACUGAGGAGAGAGGGCAGACGGAAUCCACUGAGACAGCAACAGUUCCAGCACCGGCGUCCGUACCGACAGCUCCGAAGUUGACAAUGGAGAUGCAUACGGGCGUGGCGAUUGCGGCUAGGCUACAUCAGGGUACCCGUAGCCUCGGUCCCACGCUGUUGGAGAGGGCACAGGGUGGUAAAGCCGUUGAGGCUGACAACUUGGCGAAGAGACGCAUCCGCCCAGAGUGA